CUUUUCUUCGGUUAAGCGGAGAAAAGUGUAACCAUCAACAUCUUUCUAUGUCAUUAUUAUCAUAUUUAGAUGAAGUCAUAUGCUCUUCAAGAUUUGCGGGAAGGUUGUUAGGAAGUGCUGGAGAUACAAGUUUUUAUAAACGUCAUGGGUCUGAAAAUAAUUUAGCCGUCAUAGUCAAGGUUGCUGGGUGA